CUUCGCUUGGCUAAACGCGUCUUGUGAACUCUGGCCGUAUCCAUCGACAACUUGCACUUUGGCAUCAUUAAAGAUGCUAUCGCGCACGCUGAGGGCUGGUCAGCGGCAAGCGCCCUUAGCACACCGAACGACGCGAUUCUCUCGGCGCUUCAACGGCAAUGCACAGCAAGGAGGUCACACGACGUACUUUCAGCAACCCGUUCAGCCGCCUCGAAAAUGGCCACGCCGACUCGGACUAGCAUUCUGGAGCGCAGGAUGUUUUAUUGCUGGAACCUACUCGUGGGCGCGACUUUCGAUGGGGUCUUUGGAUGAUCUGGCAGGGAUGAUCGGCGAUGCUGGCGAAGUUAUGGAAGACGUCGUAGCUAUCGCCGCAUUGGAAGCCAUUGCUCGAGAAACGCCUCCGAUUUCUUUAGAGGAAGCUGAUGAGCUGCUCAAAUCUCGAUCAAGCUUCUCCGUUACUGCAAAGGCAGUGGCGCAUACAUGCCAAUCGCCGGCAAAUAUGCCAUGCGAGGACACUGGAUCGUCAGGCGCUUUCACUCUGUUCAACGACAAGAUGAGAGACUGGAAUGAGUGGGCCAUCUUUGAUGGGCACGCGGGCCCACGAACGGCGCAAGUGCUUAAGCAGGUACUUCCGUCUAUCGUUGGUGAGCGAUUGUGGGAAGCGAAUUGCAUGACGAGGCCAUACGUCCCAAACGACCCUGUCAUAGCCAGUACCAUCAAGAAGGCCUUUCUGGAGCUCGACAAGGAGAUUAUGGACGAGGCUGGCAAGCUCGUCCAAACUGGCGGGCCGCUGGCGCAAGUUGUGGCAGUGGGCGCAGCUGCUUUCUCAGGAUCCUGCGCACUACUGGCGUUAUAUGAUCCAGCUCGAUCGGUGCUUCGUGUGGCGAACGUUGGUGAUUCUCGAGCAGUGUUCGGCCGAUGGGAUGGUACCAAAUAUAUUGUGCAGCCAAUGUCUGUCGAUCAGACGGGAUUCAAUCAGGAUGAAGUCGCUCGCCUAAAACGGGAGCAUCCCGGCGAGGAGAACAUUGUCGAUCCCAACUCAGGGCGGGUACACGGUAUCGCGAUCUCUCGAGCUUUUGGCGAUGCGAGAUGGAAGUGGCCGAACAGCUUGACGAAGUUGGCCCACGACAAGUACUGGGGCCCAUCUCCACGUCCUAAUGGCAUGAUCAAAACGCCACCAUACCUCACAGCUGAGCCUGAAAUCAUGGAGACGAAGGUGAGAACUGACGGCGAACACCCAGACUUCCUCAUCAUGGCUAGCGAUGGCCUGUGGGAUCAGAUGUCGUCUGAGGAUGCCGUGACCUGCGUACAGAUGUGGCUGGAAAAGAACAGGCCAUCUGCGUUUCUCGAGCAGAGGGACGAAGAGGUCACCUCGUGGAAGGAUUUUCUGCGUAAGCAACCUGCUCCGACUCGCGCGCCCAGCUUUACUAGUGCUGAGGAUCUGGCCAACGACGAGGACACCUACUUCGAUGAGAACGAAGGUUGCUUGAAAUGGCGCGUUUCCCCAAAGCAUUUUGUCAACGAGGAUGAAAAUUGUGGUAUUCAUUUGGUCAAGAAUGCACUAGGCGGCAAACGAAGGGACCUUUUUACAGGUGUGAUGAGCGUCCAGACACCACUCGCACGAUAUGUGCGAGACGACAUUACCGUGCAUGUUAUUUUCUUUGGUCAGGACACGGAGCCUAUACUCCAGAAAAACCCCAUGCCUGCGAGCGGACUACGCGCGAGCGCUAGUGCUAGUGCAAGUGCGAGUGGUGGCAUGUCCACGAGAUAGAGCAUUGGAUACGGCUGAUGGCGGCUUUAUGGACACAUUGUGACAAAAUUCUGCUGCAAUUGCCGAGUUCUGGAAUUCCUGCCACGAGCUGGUUUUGCAGCCCUUUUGGGCAGAAGCACUUGAACAUACGCUGCCAAACCCGACUGAGCAAACGGCAUCGAAAUCCUCAAGUCUUGUGGCAGCACAUUGCCGGGACCACAAUUGGCGAAUGUGGAGGGACUAUUGUUUCAACUUGGCAGGCACGGCAGGUCGAAAGAUUUCCCCUCAUUCGAAUAUAUCGACCCCUGCUCUGCGUGGGCGCAGGUCCCGAUAUAUGGGGAGAGUGGCAGCUGAUUGGUGGAACUAACUCGUCUGGGGGCUAGAUCUUGCUGACUUCAUGGGCACGUCGGCUCGGUCUUUUGUGUAACGAAGCGAGAUCAAAUAUAAGAAAUAGUCUUCGCCUGAAGUAUUGGAGGGUGCCGUUGUCGAUCAACAUGAGGGUUCCAAAUUUUCUGCUCGCCGCCUU